GAACCAGCACCAAGUCUUGAACCAAACAGCGAACAGGUACCUCUCUCUCUCUCUACUUGCUGGUAGUAUUCUUUCUGGGUUUCUGAGGCAGCGGCUUUGUGAGGGCCAUGGAACCAACAUCCCCACUUCAAAAGUGUCAACUCACACCCAUUUCAAAAAAGGCAAAAAAAAAAAGAAAAAAAAAGACUUGAUUUUGUGGAGUUUUUAUGUUGAAAUAUAUCCUUAUUUGUUUCCCCUGCUAAAUAGUGGUAAAAUUCACUCCAAUUACUACUAUUUUUGUCUGGUGCUAUCCUUUCUACUGCACUAGAGGCUCUGCAUCUGGGCAAUGCCUUAUGCCAAGCAGUUAUAGUUUUCUGCCUUUGUCUCUCUCGCGCGAUGUUCUCUGAUUAGUUGAAGAAUACCAGCCCCAUUUGUAAGAGAGCAUAGGUUUAUUUCCAGAUUGAGGAUUUCUACGAAGCGAAAGUAAUCCCUGAGCGGAGUGAGGUCUGAACUCUGAACGGUACUUUUUAUUGAACAAAAUCUCUCCCAAACUGGCGCUGGAUGUUUGCUUUUUAUGAAAUAAUCUUCCUCUCCAUUGUUUGAUUUUCAAGUUGGACUGAAUAACCAGCAAGAUGGCAUUGACAUUCUUUAAAUGUAUUCAAACCCGUCCUUUUUUGCUAUACCCACUUGGGUUAUUGCCAAGAAAUCAUGGUCUACUUUAUUGCACAAUGAGAAGCACACAAACUCAAACUGCAAAACAAGAAGGGCAACAGCCCCAAUCGAAAGUUUCAACCCAAAGCCGUGCCGAAAGACUUGACAGUGCUUUGAAAGAUUACGAGGCAGUAAUUGGUAUAGAGACCCAUGUACAGCUGUCUACUCUUACCAAGGCCUUCUGCAGUUGCCCUUACAACUAUGGGUCUCAACCAAACACCACUGUUUGCCCCAUUUGCAUGGGCUUGCCCGGUGCAUUGCCUGCUUUGAACUCUAAGGUCAUACAGUCCGCCGUGAAGUUGGGCCUUGCGCUUAAUUGUAAACUGUCUUUACGUUCAAAGUUUGAUAGGAAACAAUACUUUUACCCAGACCUUCCCAAAGGCUACCAAAUAUCUCAGUUUGAUGUCCCGAUUGCAACAGCGGGUUUUGUUGAUGUGGAUCUUCCGCUUGAGUUUGGUGGUGGGCAUAGGAAGUUUGGCAUUACCAGGGUCCAUAUGGAAGAAGAUGCUGGAAAGCUGCUGCACACCGGGAAUGGGAGUUACUCAGAGGUUGAUUUGAAUAGAGCAGGGGUGCCUUUGCUUGAGAUCGUUUCUGAACCUGAUAUGAGAACUGGAAUAGAAGCUGCAGAGUAUGCUUCAGAAUUGCAGAGGUUGGUCCGGUUUUUGGGAGUGAGCAAUGGUAAUAUGCAAGAAGGUUCACUUCGUUGUGAUGUCAAUGUCUCCGUACGACCCAUUGGGCAAUUAGAGUUUGGUACAAAGGUUGAGGUGAAGAAUUUGAACUCUUUUUCAGCAAUAAAUAGGGCCAUUGAGUUUGAGAUACUGAGGCAGGUGCUUCUCCACAAUGAAGGCCAGAGUGAUCAGAUUGUACAGGAGACACGUCUUUGGGAUGAGGGCAGUCAGAAAACAGUUACAAUGAGGAAGAAGGAAGGGCUUGCUGAUUAUCGUUAUUUUCCUGAGCCCGACCUUCCAGAAGUUAUUCUUAGUGAGGAGUUCAUUGAGGGCAUUCGUGAUUCUUUACCUGAGCUUCCAGAAACGAAGCGGCGAAGAUACGAGAAAAUGGGUCUAAGCAUGCAAGACAUUCUUUUCCUAGCAAAUGAUAUAAAUGUUGCAGAUUUUUUUGAUGAGACUAUUGGCAAGGGUGCUGAUGUAAAGCUUGCUGCCAAUUGGAUAAUGGGGGAUGUUGCUGCCUACAUGAAAAAUGAAAAAUUGACUAUAAAUGAGAUUAAACUUACCCCGCAAGAGCUAGCUGAGCUGAUUGCUUCAAUAAAAGGUGGUACAAUUAGUGGAAAGAUUGGUAAAGAGAUACUGUUUGAGCUGAUGACCAAAGGUGGAACUGUCAAGGGAUUGAUAAAAGAAAAGGAUUUAGUUCAGAUUGUAGAUCCAGUUGAAAUAGAGAAAAUGGUGGUUAAAGUGCUGGCAGAGAAUCCAAAGCAGCUGGAACAGUAUCGUGGAGGCAGAACUAAGUUACAAGGCUUCUUUGCCGGCCAGAUAAUGAAACUAUCAAAAGGUAAGGCGAACCCAGGGCUUUUGAACAAGAUCCUUAUGGAGAGACUAAAUGCCGAGAGCUGAUAAUGUCAAAGUGUUUUUGGUCCAGCUCCAGCUUGACUACAGGUAUUUUGCUCAACUAGCUGCAAAUCAAUGCCGUCUGUUGAGUGUUUUAAGGCUCUUCUGUGGAUUUGGUUGAAGCCGCGCUCUUGGUAAAGGCAUGAUGUUUAUCCCAUUUUCGCAGAGGCUAAAUCUGUUACUUGAAGUGGCACCGCCAGGAUGCUAAAGACAAGUAAUUACUGUAGCGCAAAGCCCAAGCAAUUCAGGAUAGAACUUCGUUAAGUGAUAUGAUGUGGCUAUAAGUACUUUUCAAGCAAUAUGAUUUGUUGCUAGCUACUAUUUUUGCAAUAUGUCUGGCUUGCUACAGAGCUUGCUAUUAGCUAAUAAAAAGACUUGUAAUCUUUGUAAUAUAGCGAAAAUUCACGUUUGGAUCA